AGCAGCCGGUUCCGCCCCUUCCCGGUGGCUCCUCCUCCUCUUCCUCUGUCGCAGCAGGGCCCGAGGGGCGGCGAGAUAGAGACGUGGUCGAGCGAGCCCCGUCAUGGACGAGACCUUAGAUGAACCUCCCACUUCUGCUGUCUUCUUGGACAACUGCCACUUCUCCCAGGUUAUCUUUAAUAACGUGGAGAAGUUUUACAUCCCCGGAGGAGACAUAACCUGCUAUUAUACCCUCACGCAGCACAUCACUCCUCGCAGAAAGGACUGGGUGGGCAUUUUCCGGGUGGGAUGGAAAACAACCCGCGAAUAUUACACCUUCAUGUGGGCUCCUUUCCCGAGUGACCUCAGCGGUGAUUCUAUCGUGCAGCAGCAAAUUCAGUUUCGAGCCUACUACCUGCCGAAAGAUGACGAAUAUUACCAGUUCUGUUACGUUGAUGAGCAGGGGGUGGUCCGUGGAGCCAGCGUACCUUUCCAGUUCCGGGCAGAGACCGAGGAUGAUAUCCUGGUGGUUACUACACAGGGAGAAGUGGAGGAGAUUGAGCAACAAAACAAGGAUUUACUUAAAGAAAACAAGGAACUGAAAGAAAGCUGCCUGUGUCUCCAGAAACAGAACCUGGGUCUGCAGGAGGAGCUCCGGCUGGCACAGGAGAAGAUGAAGGAACUAGAGGGAGAAGUCUGUUUCUUGCAGACUGGGAACUUGGAGCUACGGAGAGCUCAGGAGCUACAGGCCGGAGAGAUGAGCUCUGCCCAGAUGAAUUUGGCGUCAAUUAGGGAACAGAACAUAAAACUUGGAAAGGAAAAUCAGGAGCUGCAGAAGGGACUGGAGUCUCUGAGGAGCAGCUGUGAGAAAUUGGAGUUGGAAGGAAAUUUCCUGAAAGAGGAGAACAAGCGGCUGACGGAGCAGAAUGACUGCAGAGAGAGAGAGCUGCAGCAAUUCAAAGAACACAACCAAGAAGUGUCAUCUGAAAAGGAACAGCUAGAAAGCAGAUUGAAAGCUACCCUGGAUCACAUGGACCAGCUGCAGUCACAGGUGUUGAAUCAAGAGAAGGAAAUGGAAAACCUGGUUCGGAUGGACCAUGACAAGACUGAGCAGCUGGAGCAUAUGAAGGAGGAGAAUCGUCGGUUACGCAUUACUUUGACUGAACAGAAAGAGCAGGAAGUGAAGCUGGAACAGUGUCUGGAGGAGCUGAAGGUGACAGAGGCCAGCAUGGCUCUUCAUCUGCAACAUAAGCAGCAUCAAAACCACGAUCUAGCAAAGGAACUUGAGGAGAAGAACCAUUUGUUUCAGAUUCUUCAGCGGAAAAAGGAUGAAAUUGAGGAGAAAAAUCUGAGUCUAAGGCAAGAGAACAAUGAGCUGCUGAUGCGCCUCUCUGAGAGCCCAGAUUAUUCUGCCUGGGUUGCAGUCCCAUCGGCGCAAGUUCCAACUCGGUCUCCAGAAAGUUCAGACCUUUUGUUUGGGAACCCGUACAAUAAAUCCCUAGAAACUUAUGGUGUGAACGUGCCCUCUGUGAAGAAAUGCCCCCUGUGUCACGAAGUCUUUUCUGAUGACAUUGGGCCACGUCAGUACGAGGAGCAUGUGCGAAGCCACAUUCUGGAUUGCCCGUUCUGUGACGAGACCUUUCAGGAUAAGCAGGUGUAUGAUGAUCAUGUGUACUGCCACAGCCUGGAAUAAUUCUUCAGUCUGCUUUGUGCUGUCUAGCAGGUGUAUAGCUCCUCUUUCAGGUAUGAUAGCAAGGACUUGAUCGUAACCAAUACUGUAAGAAUAUAGAUCCUAGAAAAAUCACCCCAGCAAGGCUGGACUCAGCACCAGUACUGUAGUGCUGACCCAUCUGUUCCGUGUGAUGUGAUCCAUCAUCAAGCUGGGUCAGAUACCAACCAAUACUAUUGAAAUAAUCCAUCCUUGUCAGCUGUGUCCUUUAUCUUUAGUCAAAUAUGGGCACUCUUCAACAGCUCAGUCCCUGUAACCGGUUGUUCAGACCGAGUGCGAUACCAGUACUUCAGAACAAAGGCUGUCACUAUGAUCUGUUGUUCCAAUCUAGCCAAGUGCUGAUAUUGUAGAACAGCAGUUCCCAAUUUUCUGUGUUUUGCAGGCAUGUCUCUGUUACAAUUGUUAUAUUUCAUAGAGCAGAGCUGAGACCACUAACCCUAAGGCCAAAACCAAUGUAUACUGCCCUUGAGCCCAAAGUCCCAACACUUAUUCAUGGUUACAGGACUGCAGAUCUAACUUCAUAAUAAAAUUGAGUCCUUCCUUCACCCUUUAUCCCAAGCCAGUAAAUGCUUUACAUAUCUCAGGAAUGAGUUUAACCAUCUAUGUGCAUCCUCUAAGGAAACUGAUGGAGUGGAGCCUGGAUUGUUUCUCUGAUUUGCUUGCCUGACGCUUCUUGAUUCCAGGCCAAAAGGAGCCUUUUCUGAGUGCAGAAUGCUGAGGUUCAAACCUAUCAAGUUCCUGGGAUGAUUGCACUGCUUUUGCACAAGUUUUAAAUUCUUUUUGUUGCAAUUUACAGCAAACAUUCUUUCCUCUAUGCAAACCCAAGGAUAUAAAGUUUAUUAUCCAACAGAGUUACACUGUGCAUUAAUUUAGUGAUGAAUAUCUAAAUCUAUAGGGAAUCCUAAUAGGUUUUCAUAAUAGCCUGGUUCAAAGGAAGUUAAGAAUAAUGGAUAUUUUAAAAUGCUGCUUUAAUAUCUUCAGUGCUAAAGGCUUAAAUAAACAUGUAUCGAUCAACCUUUGAAAACUUUGGACUUCUGUCUUCAAUUAUGUAAUAAGGCUUUUAUUUUAUUUUUUUUAACUAUUAGCAGGCACUAUACAAAACCAUGUAACAGAGAAGUGGAAAAGGUGAAUAAACAAUAGCAAACAGAAACUA